AUGGAUGAAUCUCGAAAUAUAAUCAUUGUCGGAGGUGGUGUUACAGGCACCAGUUGCUUGUAUUUUCUUGUGAAUCAUCCUAAUUUCAACAGAGAACGUGAUACAAUAACUCUGUUUGAAAGUUCUGGGAUUGCCUCAGCGGCCUCUGGCAAGGCUUCCGGCUUUCUCUCGUUAGAAUGGCACGGACCUUCCACCAGCUCAUUAGCUGCUCUCUCUUACAACCUCCACAGACAGCUUGCCAAUGAGCACGAUGGUCAUAGAAAAUGGGGAUACCGUGCUCUAGAUACCUGGUCUAUUAAGGCAGACGAAAAUUGUACUCAUCCUGACAAGUUGUCGCCUGAAAUUGAGUGGAUUGAGCCUUCCAUAGUAGAAAAGGUAACUCGUCUUGGUAACAAAAAAAAUUCAGCACAAGUACACCCUUACAAAUUUUGCCAUUCCAUCUUUGAGGAGGCUAGCAAAGUAGCCAACGUUAAUCUCGUGAAAGGUCAUGUCAUCAGCGUUGAUGAAAACGAAGUUGAAUAUCGUUUAAUCGGCGACGAUUAUGCACCUGAUGAAGACGAAGAGAUUACUUCUGUUGAAGAACUUCAUACUAUACAUUCUAUGGAAGCGUCUCAUGUCAUCGUUGCAGCGGGUCCUUGGACUCCACAUCUUAUUCCUAACCUACGCAUUUGUGGUGCUCGCAUCCACAGUAUCACGGUCGAUCUUCCUAUGAGACUUAAUGGAAAUGCAGUUUUUUCUGAAAUUGCUUAUGCGGACGGAACCGUUGGUGCUCCUGAAUUUUACGCUCGUGAGGAUGAGUUGUAUGUCUGCGGUGAAUUUGAUGACGAACCUUUGCCCGAGCUAUCUUCGGAAACAAGGGUGGAUCAGGGAAGAUGUCAGGCUAUUAAGGAAUGUGCUGACCAUUUUCAUCCUGUCAUUCGUGACUCCAAUGUGAAAGUGCGCCAAGCUUGUUAUUUGCCCAUUUCGAAUGCAACAGGUGCUCCUGUGAUAGGAAAGAUUGGAUCUUCCAUUUACGUGGCAGCUGCUCAUGGUUGUUGGGGUAUCACUUUAGGUCCUGGUACCGGAAAGGUUCUUUCGGAAAUGGUUUUGGAUGGGAAAGUUACAAGCGCCAACAUUGAUCUCUUAGAUCCUGAGGGCUCUUUCGUUUAA